AUGGAGACGGGCGUGAUCUUCUAUGAGUUUGAGGACCCUUACAUUUACGAGGAUAUGGUACAUCACAGUUAUUUCAUCAUGGGAUUGGAGCCUCGUAUUAGACGAUACGCGUUACCUGAUCGAGCCUUUCAACAUCCUCUGUCUAGCCCGCAUUUUGACCCUGAUGCUCUUGUACAUCCUUUUCCUGAUGACCCCGAGCACCCUAUACCAGCUCAACCUUUGAAUGAGGCGGAACCUGAGCCUAUCGUUCCUGAUGAGCCCGAGUUAGCUGGUGACUACGUACCUGUGAUACCACCAGAGUGGGAUUUUCCCCCUGAGCCGAUCCCUGACUUUCCACAGCCUGAUGAGCCGGCACUACCGGAUGAUGGGGUAGCUCCUAUAUACGCGAACGCACCUGUGCUCGUGAAUGGUUUUGUACAUAGUGACAGUAGUGUCUCUGGUGGAUCUGAGGAUAUAGUUGUAGCUGCGGAUGAUGAGGAAGAGGAGGAUCCUGAGAUAGAGAUAGAGCAGGAUGAGGAGAUGGACGAGACCACGAUGGGUUCACGGAGACGAGGCGUACGGGAAGGAAUUCCUAAUGUUAACUACGAGAGGGAACAGGAGACGUUUAUGACUACUAUGAACGCUGUGGCUGAGACAGUGCGUGAGGCUGCAGUAGCAGCGGCUAGGGCUGUUGAUCGUCUUGGAGUGAGAAACGGGAAUGAGAAUGAGCAUGGGGAAGAUAGUGAAAAUAAUGAGAAUAACUUAGGGCAUCUCGAAAGACCUAUGACCCUUGCGACUUUUCUGAAAGUUAAACCGCCUAAGUUUAAAGGUACACUUGUUGCGACUGAUGCUGACAAUUGGUUCCGAGCUAUUGAACGAUCACUACAAGCACAGCAUGUUCCGGAAGGCCAACACGUGGAGUUUGCUACUUAUAUGCUGGAAGGAGAGGCUGAGCAUUGGUGGCAGGGGGUACAGCGACUGUUGCAACAAGAUGAAGGCGAUAUUCCUUGGAAUACUUUUAAGGACGAAUUUUAUAAGAAGUAUUUUCCGAGGGCAGCUCGUGAUGCUAAGGAGAUGGAACUUAUGCAGCUGAAACAGGGUAAUACAACUAUUGCAGAAUAUGCCCAUAAAUUUGAUGACUUGUGCCGUUUCUCCAAGAUCUGCCAAGGGAAUCCUGCUAACUUUGAAGAAUGGAAGUGUUUGAAGUUCGAAGGGGGCCUUCGUGAGGAUUUGAUGAGUUCAGUAGUUCCAUUGGAGAUACGAAAUUUUGCUGAGCUAGUUAAUAAGUGUAAGUUAGUGGAAGAAUGUGCUAAGAAGGUAAUUGCCUCUAAAACAAGUCGUCAAGGAUUUCUGCCAAGGAACUACAAUAGCUAUAGUUGGCAACCACGAAGGACAAACUUCAAGAUACCUGGUGUGCCACAGCGAAGGAGUCCACAAGUUGGUAACGCUCCUACUCGCCCUACGGGUGGAAACGGAGGUAGAUCAAGGCAGGAUAAUGGUAAACGACCUCAGCAGGCACAAGUGAAUAUCGCAUGUAGGCAGUGUGGAAAGGAUCAUGGUACCAGGCCUUGCCAAAUCAGAACAUUUACUAGUUACAAUUGUGGGGAACCGGGACACUUGGCGAGGAGUCGCCCAAAAGGACUUUCUCGAAAUCCAGUACGAACCCAGCAACAAGGUCGAGUGUUUGCCAUGACUGCUGAUGAUGCUAUGCAAUCAGAUGCCCUGAUCCAAGGUCAGUGUUAUGUCAAGAAUCGAUCUCUAACUGUACUGUAUGAUUCGGGUGCAUCGCAUUCUUUUAUUUCUUUAACUGUUGCUCGUGAGUUGGGACUAGAUUUCUCUGAGUUGAACUUUGAUCUGAUUGUCCAUACACCUGCAUCCCAAAAUGUUUUGACUAGUUUAGUGUGCCUGCAAGUACCAUUCACUAUUAGGAACAAAACUUUUAAACAUGAUCUAAUCUGUUUGCCUCUAUGUGGUUUAGAAGUUAUUCUAGGGUUGGAUUGGUUAUCUAAGUAUCAUGUUUUCCUUGAUUGCUUUGAAAGAACUGCUGUUAUUCCGUCUGAUAGUUUGGAUAUUAAACCAUUUUUGUCAUAUACCUUAUAUCUGAAUUCUGUAAGAGUUACCUUAAACGGGAGUGAUUGUGAGGGGUACGUUCUGUUAGCGGCUAGCUCAAAUGACAGUGAAGUAAGCUUAGAACAAAUCCGAGUGGUGAAGGAAUUUCCUGAUGUUUUCCCGGACGACAUACCUGAGUUUCCUCUUCAGCGAGAGAUAGAAUUCAGCAUUGAACUUGUACCUGGAACCGGACCAAUUUCCAUAGCACCGUACCGGAUGUCACCACUGGAACUUGCAGAGUUGAAGAAGCAGUUGGAUGAGCUACUUGGAAAGAAAUUUAUUCGUCCCAGUGCAUCACCUUGGGGAGCUCCGGUAUUGCUAGUAAAGAAGAAGGAUGGUAGAAUGAGACUUUGCGUAGAUUACCGAUAGUUAAAUAAAGUCACUAUUAAGAACAAGUAUCCACUUCCACGAAUAGAUGACUUGAUGGAUCAGUUAAAAGGUGCAACUGUGUUUUCGAAGAUUGAUUUGCGAUCGGGCUAUCACCAGAUUCGAGUGAAGGAAUCAGAUAUACCGAAGACUGCAUUUAGAACUCGAUAUGGUCACUAUGAGUAUACGGUUAUGUCGUUUGGACUAACUAAUGCUCCUGCGAUUUUCAUGGAUUACAUGAAUCGUAUUUUCCGUCCGUACCUUGAUCUGUUCGUAGUAGUUUUCAUAGACGAUAUUCUCAUCUAUUCGAAGACAGAAAGAGAGCAUGAAGAGCAUCUAAGGGCUGUAUUGCAGAUACUGAGGACUCGAAAGUUAUAUGCUAAACUAUCAAAGUGCGAGUUCUGGAUAGAGAAGGUGGCAUUUUUGGGACAUGUUAUAUCACAGGGAGGAAUUGCAGUGGAUCCUUCAAAAAUUGAAGCAGUAGUGCAAUGGGAACCACCUACGACCGUUACAGAAGUUCGGAGUUUUCUCGGACUUGCUGGAUAUUACCGGAGGUUCAUCAAAGGAUUUUCACAGAUAGCCUUGCCUUUGACUUACCUUACACGAAAGGAAGUUCCGUUCGUUUGGACGGCUGAGUGUGAUAGAAGUUUCAAGAUGCUUAAGGAGAAGUUAACAACUGCACCUGUAUUAGUACUACCCGACCCGCAGAAACCUUUUGAAGUAUACUGUGACGCCUCUCAUAAAGGACUUGGAUGUGUGCUGAUGCAAGACAAGAAUGUGGUGGCUUAUGCUUCCCGGCAGCUGAGACCUCAUGAACGAAAUUAUCCGACGCAUGACUUAGAGUUGGCUGCUGUGGUGUUUGCUCUGAAGAUCUGGAGACACUAUUUGUAUGGUGCUCAACUAGAAGUUUUCUCUGACCACAAAAGUUUAAAGUAUAUCUUUGACCAGAAGGAUCUUAAUAUGCGACAGCGAAGGUGGAUGGAGUUCCUGAAGGACUAUGAUUUUAAGUUAAGUUAUCACCCAGGAAAAGCAAACGUGGUGGCAGACGCCUUGAGCAGGAAGAAUUUGAGUAUUUCUUGGAUGAUGAUAAAGGAAGAAAAGCUACUUGCAGAAUUUGAGGACCUUAAGUUGGCUAUGACUGAGACGUCAAAUGGAGUCCGUUUGGCCCAAGGAGUCCGUUUGGCUCAGUUGCAUAUAACACCAGAUUUUAAGAUUAGGAUUCAGCAAGCACAAGCACAGGACUCAGAAAUGAUGACGAUGCUGAGACGGAUGAAAGUAGAAGAACCAGAAGCUGUAAGACUAGAUCGUAGCAGUCUCUGGAGAUACAAGAACAGAAUUUGUGUGCCUAGCUCUGGAGAUUUACGGCAAAGGAUUCUUGCAUAA